AACAUCAUCAUGUCUGUAUUUGUGGUUGAUAACGAGAUCACCAGCUCCGUGAGAGAACUUGGGGAGAUCAUCGACACCAUAAAGGGAUCGUCAGACUUUUCUCAGUCGUUGGACUCCCAUAUUCCCUCUUCACCCGCUGAUUUCACCGAUAAAUCAGCUCUUAUACAGAAGGUUUACGACGCAUCAUCACCAGAGUAUUUGAAAACUUUGAGUGACAAAGAGUUCGAACCAACCUUCAACUUGAUCAUAUACAUCUUAAGUGCCCUCCAAGGUGGAGUUGAAGCUGUGUUCGCCAAAGAUACCGAAGACAAGUUAUUGAACAAUUUGAUCAACUCCAGUCCUGUUCAACAAUUGUCUUUGAGAGACAGAAAGUCCAUUAAAGCCACCAGUAUAUUGUCUGAAUUGACGUUGGUUUUCAACUUGUUGCCCAGCACCUCUUCUAUCCGUGUGAAGGUGGUGACGUUGAUUUUAUCAUUUGUCAAGAAGUUGGAGCUUGACUUUUCGAUUCUCCAGCAAUCUUUCGGUGAAAACUUGGUUCUGUGGUUACAAGAAGCCCAAGCGUCUGAAAAAGAUAUCAAACAGGUCUUCUGGUCGUUCAUUGAAUUGGACUCCUCUCGUUCACUGAAGUCUUUAGAGUUGAUCAACAAAUUCACAAAGCAGUACCAAUUGGACCAACAAGAAUUGCAAAGCUUGAUCAAAUUUGCCUUGAACGGCUCCACAAUCGAUCUCUCCUUCAUGGUGAAUAACAACGUCAACAAGGCCAUUCAAGCCCACCAAUCCGAUGCGUUGGUGGCUUUGUUUUCUCGUUAUUUACAAGGGGAAUUACUCGAAGACUCGCCAGACUUCACCAACUUGAAAUCCAAGUCCCAGAUCUUGGCCUUGUGCAAAUUCUUUGAAACAUCGAGUAAGUUCGAAUUCAAUCUCGCUGAAAUUCCAGUGGCUUCGUCUACUGAUUUGGAAGUGUUAUUGAUCAACUCUAUAAAAGCUGGUUUGGUUGAAGGUAAAUUGGAUCAGACUAAUUCCACCUUCUACUUGACCAGAAUUAACAAAUUUAUCUUACCAAGUGACCAACAGGCAGUGGCCAGAAACUUGGAAGGUGUCAAGAGCCAUUUGGCAGCAUGGAGAGCAUCUCUAGUAUCUGUUGGCGAUGUGGUUAAUACUUUUAGAGAAAACAUCAAGUAGAGCGGACAAAUAUACAAGCAAGAACUC